UUAAUCACCCUCCAUCCAUCUUCUCCUCCUUUAUAUAUAUCAUAUCCAACCUUGGCUUUAAAACAUUGCUCAGAACAAUCCAUGGAGAUCAAAUCUGCCACCAUCUUCAUCUUCCUCAUCCUCAUCCUCCCACUUUCUUUUUCAACAGGAGGAUUGGAUUCUGAGAUUUACGAAAUCGAUUAUAGAGGGCCAGAAACACACUCAUCAAUUCCUCCGCCAGAUCAUUCUCAUGGCAGGCGACCUUUCAUCCACCACAAAACAGCUCGUCGAUCUCCCAAACCCAACUCCUUAACGCCUGCAAAUCUACCAACAAAUGGCAAGAAAAACAUUCAUGGAUGAACUACUUAUUAUGGAUGGGUGGUUGAAGAUCAUAUAUGUAUACUUACCUCAUGGAUGCUGAUAUAUAUAUAUAUAUACACAUAGAAGAAAAAGAGAGAAAAUGCAUGGUAGAUAUGGGUGCCAGUCAUGUAAUUUGCGAUUGUACCUUCAUUAUGCAUAUUGUAUGUCCUCCUUUUACUCGUUACCUUCACUUGCUGUAACUUUUUAGUAAAUUAAUGUAAGAGAAUUUACUCUUAACAUAA